AGACAGACCACGGCGGAUGCACGGUGACAGACAGCAGCCGGUCCCCGCAGAGCCUUCACUCCCAGCCGGUCUCCUGAGUCGCUGAAGGAUCCGAACGUUGUCUGAAUGGACUGACAGCUUCCAGCACUUUGUCAACGGAAAAUCCAUCUCCAGACCAGCCCUCGGCCCCCCUCGCCCCGUCCCUUUAACCAACAUGAACUCCUUGCCUCAUGGCUCCCGUGCCUCCAUCGACAUCCUGGAGGAGCUCCAGCUGAUUGCUGCGCAGAAUCUGGAAAAACUGGACAUCAACAAGUACUAUGAGAUCAUCCGUGAGCUGGGAAAGGGCACCUAUGGAAAGGUGGACCUGGUCAUCCACAAAAUCAGAGUUCCCAAAACACAAUGGUGGCAGCUUCUCAGGAAGCAUGGCGCCGGUAAGAAAGUGGUGGGACUUCCUGAGGUGGUGGCGAAGCGCUGCGUGCACCAGGUAGCCAUUGCUCUUGACUACCUGCACUGCAAGAAGCUGGUGCAUCGUGACAUCAAACCCGAGAACGUCCUCAUUUUUGACCGAGAGUGCAGAAAGGUUAAGCUGUCAGACUUCGGCAUGACACGACGCGCCGGAUCACCGGUGAAGCGCGUGAGCGGAACCAUCCCGUACACGGGUGCUGGGCUGGAAGACUUGGUAGUAAGCCCUAAGUGUGAUUGUGAUAUCGGCUAUGGACGGCUAUGUGCGAAGAUGAAGCCCAAGCUGGGCUCUUGCUAG